GAAAAACCCAUCUUGUGAUAUAUAUGAUAAAAAGAAAAGUUGGAGUAAUAAUUAAUUGUAACACACUCCUAUAUUACGAUGCCUGAAGUUCAAUAUUCAAAGUUCAAUGCUGAAGAAGCAUCCAGUAACCAAGGGGGAUAUGGAGCACAACCACAAGGAGGGGGGUACCCACCACAGGGAGGAUAUCCCCCACAAGGGGGGUAUCCAGGAAGUGGACUGCAAGCAGGGGGGUAUCCUGGAGGAGGGUAUCAAGGAGGGGGACCACCGGCGGGGGCAUACCAAGGAGGAGGACCACCAGCAGGGGCAUACCAAGGAGGGGGACCACCACCAGCUGGAGCUUAUCCCCCACAAGGUGGAGCACCCCCUCCUGCAGGGUCUAUUCCAAAGUAUACUGGGGAGAUGCCAGAUGAAGACGUCAUGGAUGACCCAAACCAGAAAGAAACGGCACCUACAGCCCCACCCCUGGAGAAAAUGGACAGUAUAGGAGGCUACAAUAAUGUGGGAUUUAGUGCGCAUGUUCUUCCUCCACCAUCCUAUGAUGAAGUUACAAAACAGCAGCCACCAGAGGAGAGACAGGCCAUUCAAAAUGUCCCAACCAUUACAGAACAGGAUGCUAGGGAGGCACUCCUCGGUUAUGUGGCAGAACACUGCUGCUACGGUAAAGGGGCCGCAGAGGAUCUUAAAUUUACAGACCUCAUAUCCACUAGUGCAUUUCAUUAUACUCUGGAGUCCUAUGGAGAAGGUAGAUCCACCUGCUGGGCAUAUGAACCCUACUCAGGCCAGCCAAUAGAUGGUCCGCAAAAUGGCCCAGCCCCAGGGCCCUGGGACAUACAGGCGUCCCCCCAGACAAUGUUUCAGAACUCAGAACAAAAUUUUGAGGUGCCACACACUGCCUCUGUCAAACCCUGUCAUGACUGCAUGGCUUCAGGGUAUGUCAGAUGUGGUCGGUGUUAUGGCAGAGGGAUGGUGAGGUGUUCCCACUGCCAUGGACACGGUCAUGCGACUCGUUACCAUGACGGCCAACACAGACAUGAGCGAUGUCAUUGGUGCCAUGGAUGUGGAAGACGAGAGUGUUCCAAUUGUUAUGGAAAUGGAAUGGUGGUGUGUAGAACUUGUUCUGGCCUUAGAAACUUAAAGUGUUAUAUCAAGCUUACAGUCAAAUGGACAAACCACGUAAAUGAUCACAUCGUGGAACGUACUCCUCUCCCUGAUCAUCUUAUAAGAAAUGUGUCAGGACAGAUAGCUUUUGAGGAAACUAAUGUUAAGGUUUGGCCAAUCAAUCACUUCCAUGAAAGAGAAAUUAAUGAAGCCUCAGGACGCUUGAUUAGCAAUCACCAGUUUCCCUCCGAACGUAUUCUGAUGCAGAGACACAGAGUAAGGAUAGUUCCUGUGACACAGUGUAUGUACAAAUGGAAGAAUACAGAAUCAGACUUCUUUGUUUACGGAUUUGAACACCACUGUUACGCACCCAACUACCCCCAGACCUGCUGCUGUGGGUGUUCUAUUCUGUAACUGGUCUCUCGGCAAUCGGACUAGGGGCAGAUUUAUAUAUUCUAUGAUAUAUUCUAGAAUGUUCUUUUAAGUGCUAGUCUAGAACAAAGUAGAGGACAUGUUUUAUUAGGUCUCCUUGAUCAUUUUUGUGAUGGAUUUGCUUUCCAUUUCUGUACAAGAGAAAACAAUCUUACCAAUAUUUUCAUGUGGAGACAGUUUGUAUAAAAUCAUGUUCUUUCAUCCACUUCAGCAUGUUCAGUAAAACACUUAUUUUGACAAGAUAGCUAAGAUACUACCUGAGUGGAUUAGAAGACACAGUUUUGAUCAGAUUGGAUGCAGAGAUAGGUCAUAUCGGAGGAAAUGUUGAAAUACAGUAUUCCAGUUACAACAAAAAUCUCUGUUCCUCGAACUCAUAUCUUUUAAAUGUUUUUUAAAUUUUGUUGUUGUUAAUUCAAGUGCAAUAUUAGUUAUUACCAUAUGUUGAAGUGUUUUUUUAAAACAAAACUUCAGGUUGAAGUCUCCAUUUUUACUCAGAAUGCCUAGACCCAUUAAUUAGCAUGAUAAAUAAAAGAUUUUCAGAAUGAAUUCAAGGUUGUUGGAUUUAUUGAUUAAUGUGUUUCUAAUGUUGGACUUGGUCUGCAUUUAUGGCAUCCCACCAACUUACAAAUUCUCUAUUCUGCCGUAAUAUCCUAUCAGGGAAUGUUUUUCAUUUGUUUCAAAUUAUAAAUAUAUUUCUUUUGAAAUUAAAUACAUGUGGAACCAGCCAUUAGAGAUUUCUUUUCCUUUCAUGGUACAUUGUAUUACUAGACAUAAGUACCCAGGUAUUAAAGUUAUGAUAUUUUUGUAACAAGAAUAAUCCUUUGCUUUAUAAAUCUACAUGUAUUUUUUGAGACAUUAAUUUAUUUGAAACUAUGUUGGUGCUUAUAAGAUCUCAAGUAAUUUGAGAAAAAGUAGUUAUAACUCAUUUAGUUUUCUUAUUAUAGUAAUAUUAAAGUAAUUUUUCGAAUUUCAAAAAUAUGUGAAAUGUACCACUUGGAGACCAGCUCAAACAAAAGAUACAUGUAUCAUCCCAUUAAAAAGAAAAUGUUGACAUGUAUAUCUACAUGUAUACAUCUAUAAUAUAAAGCAUCUUUGAAAAUAGUAAAUGAAAGUGCUAAUGCUUCGUCACUGUGCUAAUUUCUUUAAGUUUUCAAUUUGAUUAUAUUCAUUAUACUUCAAUACCAACCACUGUGAAUUUUAGGACUUCUGAUAUACAUUUAUACAUGUACCAGUAAAUAUUAUGCUUGUAACCACAUAAAAAGAUUGCAACAGUUGUGAAUUAUACCGUUUACAUUUAGUUUUAAUUAUGAUGUCUGUGUAUACUUGCAUGUACUACAUGUAUGUAUCUAUAAGUAUUGUUAAAGUAUGACAGGUUGUUGUUAUCUUGUUGUGUUAUUUUUCUUUUUAAGAAAUAAAGCAAUAAUUAUUGGAGUUUUCUUUUAAAUCCUGUAGCAUUCAUAUUUCAGAGUCAUUCUUUUUUCUCUUUAAAACAAGAGCAGUCAUUUCUUUACAGUAUAUGUAUAUUGUAUGUGGCAACUAGGUAAUAUGCUUUUGUGUACAUCUAAGAAUUGGUCAAUUUGACAUUCUUUGUCUCAGUCUUGCCACAAAUCUGUUCAAAGUAGAUGUAGGUAAAAAUCUUGAAAUUCCAAAGUCUUUUACUUAAUGUACCAUGGCAACCAAGACACAUUGCUACCAAAUUGUGUGUGAUGAAUGUUCUUGUGUUCGCCCUUAAUAAAGAACAAAGUUUGAGAAA